GCCACCAACAGGACCACCUCAUCCGCCUUCUAACAGGAGCCAUCCGUGUGAAUUGUACGACAAAAUCAGCAGGGUUGUUGCGCUGGGACAUGUUAUUCACAGCGACUCAAAAAUGAUUCAUGGAAAAAAAAUGCGUGAUGAUUGUUUGCGUGUGUCGGUGGAUUUUGUGGAGAUAAAAACUGCAAUACUUCCAUAUCCAUCUGGUGAUAUUGUUACUGUGUAUGAUGCCCGUGAAAGUGUUGUUCAAUGGCCAAAACACUUGGUGGUCCUUGUCGGAAAUGGGCGAACGAGAUUGGAUGCAUUUGAUGAAUUUGUUAAGAGAGCAAAAGAAGUGUUCAGAAGCAGGGCUGCGAUCAAAGUUGAGUUGCAUCGCGAUGUGUUUGGUCAAACUGUAGAUGUGCCUAUACAUAUGGCACUAGAAGAUAUUGAGUUUGUUUGCACGUCUCAGAAACUUACGAACAAUGUUAUAGUCUUAUUCAUCCGAUUUUUGUAUGAAAAAUUGGAUGGCGAUGCACGCAAAACCAAGUUCGGAUUUAUGAAUCCAGCGGCAGUUCACUUUUCAGUCAAUAAAACAGAACUCGUGAAAAGUGUAUUAAAUAGACUGAAAGAUUCAGUGCCGAGUCGAAAAUACAUAUUUAUUCCUUGUAAUACAGGAAUUCAUUGGGUACUAAUUGUAUUUUUCGAUGGGAUAUUUUAUUACUUAAAUUCGUUGGAUGAGAAGUGUAGAUACAAACUAGAGGAGCAAAUGAGCACUGUUUCAAAAGCUUUAAGAAAAUUAGGUGUCAAGCGAUCUGAAGAGAAAGUAUUCUGGGUGGACGUGAAGCACAACCCUAAACAAAAAGGAGAUUGGGAGUGUGGAUUUUUUGUGAUGCUAUAUAUGAAGCACAUUAUAGAAAGUUAUGACACUUCAAUGAGGAACCCUAAGGAGAUGUUUAAGUCGGGGAUGAACUAUGGUGCGACAGAAAUUGAUGAAAUCAAAAGGGAGUGGAUGGAUUAUAUUUCACCAAUUCUUGAGAAGUAUGAGAAAACAAUUUGAUGUUUUUUCACCAAUUCUUAAGAAGUAUUGAGAAAAAAAUUGUUGUUUAGUUUGAAUUAAUUAAUUUAAUGACGUUUUAAAUACUGUCUUCCCUAGCUCCUUAUUUUAGUUUGAACUUUAAAGGAUUGGUGCAGCUAUGAUGCAAAUGGUGUUCCUAAGUCUUAACUGUC